AUGGUUACACCCUUUCGCACGCCGUUGAUGCCCCGCUGCGGGUUAUUACCGUUCACUAGGACCCUGUCGACGACCUCCUUCUGCCAGGCGACUAUUAACCAGAUCCGUCGUGGGAGCGGGCCCCCCAGGAGGCGCAAAGUGUCCGAGUCCCCCGACUUGGAACGGUGUCCCUUCAAGAGAGGGGUUGUUGUGCGUGUAAUGGUGUUGAAGCCCAAGAAACCGAACUCUGCACAGCGUAAGGCCUGUAGGGUACGGUUAUCCAACGGGAAAGUGGUCUCCGCGUACAUCCCAGGGGAGGGGCACAAUGCACAGGAGCACAGUAUCGUGUACGUCCGCGGCGGGAGGUGUCAGGACCUCCCAGGUGUAAAGUACCAUCUCGUCCGGGGCGCUGGCGACUUGGGGGGGGUACUCAAUCGCAUCUCUUCAAGAUCGAAAUACGGAGUCAAGAGACCCACAAAGACCUGA